AUGGAGUACAAUCACAAAUUAGAGUCGAUUGCAAGCCAUGUUGCAAAGACGUUUGAGUCUUUUCAAGACCUCGAAAACGCUCUUGCCAAAACGACUAGCUCUGAUGAGCCUUCGCAAGGUGCCACUCUCAAGAGCCUCUUAACCACAGUAGAAAAUGACUUCACUCGUUUCAAAAUGUGGGCUGGUAAUCAGGCAGCCCACCAAAGUGGCCCGUCCUGCUUGGAUUAUCGACUUAGGGAAGCCCCUCAUUUACAGCAGCAGGUUCUUUAUCUGCUCAAAGACAUAUGCGAAUCUUUGCAGGACGCAUCACUCAAAGUUUCCGAAAUCCCAAACUCUCUUGGUCAAGUUCAAGAAAAAAAACGGGACGAAAAUAGCCCAGACAACGUCGCCUCCGAUACAGAUUGGGCUCGAGACGAGGACUCUGAUUUCUCUGAUUCUGAUUUUGCUGGUGACCUUGAUGAAUCAACUACGGCUUUUCCAACUCUCGUGCUUGACAUAGGGGAGGCAAUAGAUUGCCUCUUGCGCCUCUCGGUGGCCAUCGCAAAUCCCGCACCCCACGAACGCUUCCAAAAGCUCGGCGGCGGGUCCUCUGAGGAUGUCUCCUUCUUCGAACCACACGACAUUGCCUAUGUCCGAGACAAGUUCCCAAAGAUCACCGACGAGUUAGCAAAUGCCCUAGGCAAAUUUAUCACCCGCCGACGGCAGUUCUUCACAUAUCGCCAUGCUCAUCAUGAGAAAUCAGCUUCUGCCACAACGAUAUCAGUGUCGAAUAAAGAAACUGGCUCAUUUCACACAGAGUCUUUAGCCAAGUUUAAUCCUCAAGCCGCUGUGAUUGAUGAAGACAUUCGAUCAGAUACAGGGGCAUCGCAUACAUCUUAUGCUACCUCGGCUGGAUUCAACUUCGAAGGGACAGAGCAGGAGAUGCGCAGACCUACACCUGCACUAAGUGUACCUCCGCAACCGAGUGCAGCGGAAGAUGGCAUAUUCAAGUGCCCGUUCUGCUACAAGAUGGUCUCUGCGAAAACCAGAACGGCAUGGAACCAUCUUGAACAGCUGGCUCUUUUUGCGCUUCCAAGUUUGGAAGUAGAGAGUUCAGAGAGACAAGCUAGUAGCAAAGAGCAACAUAGUGCCAAAUCUGGAACAGAAGCCAACAGCUUAAGACAAAGACAGACUCCAGGGGACUUUAUCUGUGAUAUCUGUGGCAAGAUAUUUGAGAAAAGCUACAAUCUCAAGGGUCAUAUAGAAAACCACUUUGAGCAUAGAACCUUUUCUUGUUCAAUCUGCGGGGAUAAGUUUGCCGAGUUGAAGGAUUGCCGGAGACAUGAGAAGGUUCAUCUGGAGAGUCCCGUAUUGUUCGGUAACCCUACAAAUCUAUCCCCGAUCAUUGCACAACAACAAAGGCCAAGUCCGGACUUACCCGCUGGAGGGAAGAAUAUAAAAGAAGAAGAUGGCUUCGACGGAUUCUAUGGAUUCCACGACUUCGACGACUCCGACGACUCCGAUGGCUUCGAUGGCGGCAACAAGAACCCUCACGGCUUGAGUGAGAAAUCCCUGGGCAAGCGACCAGCUCCACAAGACCUAUUCGAAGGUACUAAGAAAAAGACCGGCUCUCCCACUAUGAUGCACGACGUGCAACAAGGUCGAAUCAUGAACUUGGAGUCAGAAGAAGGGGAUUUUCUUGAUACCGCUUCCUGGUCGAAGGGUGAUAUUCCUAGUCUGGAGACCACAGAAGAUUCUGUGAGAAGGCACAAGAUGCUUUCUGGGCAUGAAUCGAGUACUGGUACAGACGAUGUGAUAAGGCCACCGUUAUCGUCUCACAAUCCCCUUCUGAAGGAGUCUGGAAACCUAAAGCUUCUGGAUAGACCACCGUGGAGCGAAGAAACUACAAAACAAAAUCUUCCACAAGGACUUACCGAAAACCGGGCGAAAGCUGAGGAGUACAUGGACAUGACAAACAAAGCUGGCCCCUCCCUGUUUAUAUGCUCCCGUUGCGGGAAAUCAUUUGCUCCACGUACGUCGUGCCCUGGAUAG